UGCGCAACCUUUUUUUAAAACUGCACACAGUUGAAGCUAUAACUGGUUCACUCGCGUGUGACCGCCGAGUUCUCCGCAGGCAGCAUCUGUCGGCACCACAACCACUCCCCCCUUCCCCUGCAGCUCCUCCCUCUCAUCGUGUCAAACUCCAGCACCCCGUCCCAGUGUAGCGAGCAGAAGCAGUUUCAGCACCGGGACAGAUCCUGCAGCUGCUCAUGGCAACAUGGCGACAGAGUUCCAUAAUCUUCAGGAGCUGAGACGGAGUGCCUCAUUGGCCACAAAAGUGUUCAUUCAGAGGGACUACUCCGAUGGUACCGUUUGUCAAUUUCAGACCAAGUUUCCCGCCGAACUGGACAGCAGGAUUGAGCGGCAGCUCUUUGAGGACACAGUGAAAACGCUGAAUGGUUUCUAUGCUGAGGCGGAGAAGAUCGGCGGGCAGUCAUACCUGGAGGGCUGUUUGGCUUGCACUACAGCGUACAUCAUUUUUCUGUGCAUGGAGACACGCUAUGAGAAGGUGCUGAAGAAGAUCUCCAGAUACAUUCAGGAACAAAAUGAGAAGAUUUAUGCUCCCCGAGGCCUGCUCAUCACAGACCCCAUUGAGAGGGGCAUGAGAGUGAUUGAAAUCUCCAUCUUUGAAGACCGAGGGAGCAGUGGCUCAACAUCCAGCAGCAGUUCCACAUCAAGUAGUAGUGGCCGGUGACUGGAGGAACAGCCCCAGGGAUAUGGGUAUCGGGGAUCCACAGGGCUCCCCAAAAUCCGCACAUUGAAACAUGAGAGCACCAGGUUCUAAAGGGGAGAAAAGGCACAAAUAUUCAUAUGCCACCCUCCUCGACCAGCUUCUAUAGUCACAGCCAGGGUGAUCACUUGCUCUUCAUGCUUAAGCAAACCAAAACCUCCUCCAUUCUCUGUUUCCAUGGGCAUGUAGAGCCUGGACAUCACCUAAAACUGCCAUUGAGCUUACCGCAGGAUGGUACAAAAACAACUUGGCAUUAAAAACAUCACAUUUUAAACAGGUCAGAACAGAAGAAGUGAUCGCUUGUAUACGGAUUAAAGUCUAAUCCUUGCUAAACCAAAGUAUAUACUUAAAUCCUAUUGCGCCAAGCCUUAAAUCAGGAUAACAUUUACUGGUUUGAUUCAAUUACAACAGGUUUAAAUGUCUGGUAAUUCAGGAUUAAAUUCUAAUCAUAGCCUGCUAUUACUUGUAAAGAUGAACUACAAGGGAUGGCUUAUGUUGUUGGUUUUCUGAAAUGAUUGAUCUUAUUUUAUUAUAACUGAGGAGCUAAGGGAUGGUAUGUUUAAAAUUUGCAAUUAAGUAAAUUAAAGGCAUUAUUUCCAAUUAACAUAGAUGACAUUUUCAAAUUAGAUGGAUUCACAAAUUGUUUUCCAAGCUAUUAACACUACAUCAAUACUGCCUGUAUUUAAUGUAUUUAUAUGAGAAUUGCCUAAUCUUUUAUAUUUGCUUACAUUAUUUAUACAUAUAUGGAUUCAUAUAUACUUUGUUAGCAUUAGCAUUCACCUGGAACACUGGAAUGCUGGGCAUAAAUAGAGUCAUUUUUUUUAAUCCAAGGAUAGUCAAAGGCUUCUUUAGGCCUUAUAUAUAAUUAUCCAUCUUUGGUUGUAAAAGUGUCUCCAUCCUGAAUACCUGGAGCAUCCCCACAAGGAAAGAACUUUUUGUUCUUGUGUCAAGGAAUAAACAGCCGCACUUGUGACUCAUAAUAGUUGUAUAGUCCUUCAAAUGGGAGUAUGGCAAAAAGAGCUGGGUGCUCUUUAUCCUCCUUGAACUUCUCCAGUGUCCUGGCAAGCUUGUCCUUGUAUCAUUCUGAUGAUAGGCGAGGAGAAGCUCUAGGAAUCAACAUCCUUCUUUUCUUUCUUUGGAAGCUUUCUUAG